UAUGAUAUUGUUUGUGUAAAAAAGUUAGUAAUAUUUAUUUUCUUUAUUUCUAUUUUCUCCCGCAUAAUCAUUUUGCCAAUUUCCAUCCCUCAUUUCCAGAUACACACACUGAAACACGCACAAACACACAUUCCUAAUCAAAUCAAAAUCAAAUCCGAUUCCUCUUAACGUCAAGCAGAAUUCAACGUUUUUCGCCAAGAAUCCCAAUUUCCACACCCACAAAUUUAGGUCCCAACAGAAAAAGUAAAUUCAAUAAGGAAAAAAAAAAAUUUAGAGAGACCUUUCUUCUGCCCUUCCUCUGUUAUUAUUGGACGAUCUUACACUUUUUUCCUGCUUCUCCUCGUAGAAUUGCUUUCCGUACACCAAGAAAACGGGAUAUUUUUUGUUUGGUUGUUAUCUGAUUCGGUUGGCAUUGCGGCGAAUAUUUCUGAAUUUGCUUGAACGAGCUUUAGGGUUUUUGUUUCAGAUUACUUGAUCACCUAAUUGUGUGUAUGGGUUUUCGUUUGGUUGAUAGUAUUUGGGAUAACAGAAAGUUCUAUGUUGAGGUUUUGAAUAGGUAGUGUGAAGUACUAUUGGUUGUAUGUAAGUGUGUAAUUGUAUCUGCUACAGAGUUGGAAUCUUUAGUAUAUUCUCGUUCCCAUUAGGGUUUUUAGAUAUCGAUUGCCAGGUUGAUUUGGGGAAGAUUGCUUUAGACUCUGGUUUCGUGGGUGGUUGGGAAGGAAGAUUGGAGUUCCAAGCUCGAGUUGGAAGGAAAAGUUGUCUGGUCUUUUUGCUUCGUUUCAGGUGUAUAAAGGUUAUAGUUUAUGGGAGAAAAUGAAGGAUGGGCAGAGCCAGGUGGGCCAUCGCCGAAUGGGCUUUUGCCAGGGGCAGGCCCUGUAAUGCAGGCUGUCGAUACAGAACGAUGGUCCAGAGCAGAGGAGAGGACUGCAGAGCUCAUUUCCUGCAUUCAGCCCAACCAUUUAUCCGAGGAGCGGAGGAAUGCGGUUGCCGAAUAUGUACAGAGGCUCAUUAUGAAGUGCUUUCCCUGCCAGGUCUGUACCUUUGGUUCUGUGCCAUUGAAAACCUAUCUACCAGAUGGAGACAUUGAUUUGACUGCUUUCAGUCAUGAUCAGACUCUGAAAGAUACAUGGGCCAACCAGGUCCGGGAUAUGUUGGAGAACGAAGAAAAGAAUGAAAAUGCUGAAUUUCAUGUGAAGGAGGUUCAGUACAUCCAAGCAGAAGUGAAAAUUAUUAAAUGUCUUGUUGAAAAUAUUGUUGUAGACAUAUCCUUUAAUCAAGUAGGUGGGUUGUGUACACUUUGCUUUCUUGAUGAGGUUGAUAGUCUAAUAAAUCAGAAUCAUCUGUUCAAGCGAAGUAUUAUCUUGAUUAAGGCAUGGUGCUAUUAUGAAAGCCGCAUAUUGGGUGCUCACCAUGGACUAAUAUCUACCUAUGCCCUGGAGACCUUAGUUCUUUACAUCUUCCAUGUGUUCAACAAUUCCUUUCAUGGACCUCUCGAGGUUCUUUAUCGCUUUUUGGAGUUCUUUAGCAACUUUGACUGGGACAAUUUUUGUGUUAGCUUAUGGGGACCUGUAUCUAUUAGUUCCCUACCUGAUGGAAUCGCGGACCCUCCUCGCAAGGACAGUGGAGAGUUGUUGCUUAGCAAGUUGUUUCUUGAUGCUUGUAGCUCUGUAUAUGCUGUUUUUCCUGGUGGCCAAGAAAAUAAUGGACAACCAUUUGUUUCUAAGCAUUUCAAUGUAAUUGAUCCUUUACGUGUGAACAACAACCUUGGACGUAGUGUUAGUAAAGGUAAUUUUUUCAGGAUAAGAAGUGCGUUUGCUUUUGGAGCUAAACGACUGGCUAGAUUGCUCGACUGCCCAAAAGAAAAUUUAGUUUUUGAAGUUAAUCAGUUCUUCCUGAAUACAUGGAAGAGACAUGGCAGUGGCAAUAGGCCUGAUGUACCCGGGGUUGGCCCUCGGCAGACGAGAUUAUCAACUUCAGACAGUCUUCGUGAAUCUGGAAAUUUGAAUAAUAACAUGAUUGGCAAUAAUGAAAAUGAGAAUGCUUCUUUUCUUGAGGAGGACAUGGGAGUCCAUGGCCGUGGUGUUUCCUCUCUACAUGGUAAAGUUUCAUCAAGAAUGAUGCCAACAACGUCCGACUUGUCUGCAGUUUCUCACAUGCAAAACCUAAAAGUUCAAAAUGUAAAUAGCUUGCAUGCUACUGAUCCAUCUGGAAGAGACAGCACUUCUGCUCAGGUUUUACGAAAUGAUGAAGUUCAGAGAGAUCUGAAAGCUGAUCACUUGGUCACUGACAGCCAGGCACGGUUUCUUUUUGCACGAACUCGGUCGAGUCCUGAACUUACUGAUGCUUAUGAUGUCCCAUCUCAAUUAAGGAAAAAAAAUCUUGAUUCUGAAAGCUCGGUAAGCCACAUCAGUCGUACUGUAGUAGAAGAUAUUUCAUCUAUGCAUGUUGCACCCCAACCAAGUGUUGAUGCUACUAGUGACUCUACUAAUGGCUCAAAUGGGUAUCGUCGAGAUUUGCAUUUAGAUGGCUUGAGCGAAGAGUUUUCAUCAGCACAAGUAAUGCGUAAUGAUGAACAAGAUCUUGUAAACAUGAUGGCAUCUGCUUCACUUCAAAGUUUCAAUGGACAACUUCAUGGUUCAUUCAAUUCAAAUUCAGCUCAUCUGCCUUUCUCCAUUCCGCCUUCCUUUAUUGCAUCAAUGGCUUAUACACAACGAAAUCUGCCAGGAUUUGUUCCUACUGAUGCUCCUUUGAUUGAUCCAUCAUUUACAAAUAUGCAAUUUCCUCAUGGUAUGGUUGCGCCACAAUUUACCCAUUAUUUCCCCAGCGUUGGAGUGAAUUCACCUUCUCAAACUCCAUUUGAUCGAGGCAGUGAAAAUUUUGGUUCUAUGGAAAUGAAAUCGGAGGAACUUGAUAGUGACUUCUGGCAGGAGCGAAAUGAUGGUUCCUCUAGUGGUUUUGACCCUGAGAAUGGAAAUAUUGACAUGAUUCAGCCUGAGGAUAAAUCAACAUCCAUCUCUGGUUUGAAAUAUGUUCCUCCACCUCGAGUGAGCAACUCUGGUAGUGCUUCAAGAGUGCAGCAAAAGAAUACAAGGGAAAAACGUGGAUCAUUGAGGCAAAAUAGUGACACCUUCCCUGUCCAGGAUGAUAGAAGUAGUGAGGUUUAUUCAGAAGAAAGAUCAGUUAGCUCUAGGUUCUCAUCAGCUGCACACAGUAGUUCUUUGAGAAGUAGGACAUCUUCUGAGAGCUCCUGGGAUGGAUCAUCAGUGAAAACGCCUAAAUCUGUGAAAGAGAAACGGGGAAAGAAAAUAGCAUCCACAAAUAUAGCUACUGGCCAUGGGAAAGGCAAAACUAUGUCUGAACAUGUUCCUAAUCAGGCAGAGGGAGAUGAUCAAGAAUGGGGUUCAUUAUCAAACAUUGGAACUGAGUUGGUAGAAAGGAACUCCAGUUCAGAGCCAAUCACUGCUUUACAGGUUCCUAGGCACCAUCUGCCUGCCUUUGAAGUUGCUCAGACUAGUGGAUCAGAGUCAAUGAUCCCCUUUCCUCCCAUGCUCAUUGAUCCCGGCUCAAGACAGAGAACAAAUGAUAAUUCUCGUCUGGUUGCAUUCUAUCCUACUGGGCCACCAAUUCCAUUUUUGACAAUGCUUCCAGUGUAUAAUGUUCCACCUGAGACCAGUGCUUCUGAUCAAUCAGGUGGCCGUUUUGAAGGUGAAAGUGCCGAGAACAAUGAAUCUGGGCAGAACUUCAUUUCUGAAGGAUAUGAUCAUUCAGUUGAUUUAAACGCAUCAAGUGUUUUCAGAGGGACAACUGCUGAGACAUCUGAAAAUAAAAAAUCUGAUAUUCUGAACAGCGAUUUUCUUAGCCAUUGGCAAAAUUUACAACUUGGAAGGUAUUGUCAAAAUCCACGGAGCCAUGGGCCUUUGGUCUAUCCUUCUUCCCCUGUAAUGGUUCCUCCUGCUUAUCUUCAGGGCCGAUUUCCUUAUGAAAACCCUGUUAGACCUUUUCCAACCAAUACAAACCUCUUCUCUCAGCUCAUGACAAGUUACGGCCACAGACUUGUACCUGUGGCUCCUAUGCAAUCAGUUUCCAACAGAUCUCCUGGUGUGUAUCAACACUAUGUCGAUGAUCUGCCAAGAUAUCGCAGCGGGACUGGCACCUACCUGCCUAAUCCUAACCAGAAGGUUCCUGUCAGGGAGCGUCACUCGCCAGGUAACAGAAGGGGAAGUUAUAACCAUGAUAGAAACGAAAACUAUGGAGACAGAGAGGGGAACUGGAAUCCUAACUCAAAAACACGAGUUGCUGCACGCACUUCUGCACGCAGCCAUAGCCGCAGCCAACCUGAUAAAUUAAGCUCAAGAGCUGAUCGUUUGGCUUCUAAUGAUAGUCGAGCUGACCGUUCGUGGAAUUCAUACAGGCAGGAAUCUGUCACUUCUUACCAGUCACAGGAUGGCCCAUUAAACACAAAUUCUGGUCAAAAUGGUCCUCAAAGUAUGGCAUAUAGCAUGUAUCCUUUGACAGCCACGAAUCCCAAUGGAGCUUCUAAUGGACCUUCUGUUCCACCUGUUAUGAUGCUUUAUCCAUUUGACCACAAUGGUACCUACAGUCAUCAAGGCGAACAGCUUGAGUUUGGUUCCCUUGGUCCUGUAGGCUUGCCUGGAAUAGAUGAGCAAUUGCAGCUACAUGAUGGAAAUCGGUCCCGGACAUUUGAGGACCAUAGACAUCAUAGGAACACUGAUCACCGUUCUUCACCAGAUCGACCAUCUUCCUCUCAUCUUCAGAGGAGGGUUUAGUACAUUUCCCAGCAGUGCAGAGCUCAAAGAAACAAUGGUCGGAACGGGAGAGGAUGUGGUUUGCCGUAUGUAAGCUGUGGUGGAAAGACGAUGGAUGUCAAGCGGCAAACUCAGGGCGGCCUGGUUCGCCCUAUUCUGACGUGACGAAGCCGAUUUUUCUACACAAGAGUUUACAGCGUGCACAAGAAUUUUACGCCGUUUCGCAUAGUUCUUGUCUGUAAAAUAGCUGACCAUCAGCUCGAAGCUUGAAGGGGCAGAAGCUGCGUAGAUUUUUCACCUUAUGAUCAGCCUUUUUAUGUCAUAGGCUAUAACACAUUGUACUAUCAUUGAACUAGAACUAGUGCUUCACUUAAUUCUCUUACUAGGAAUUUUCACGAAAUCCCUUGUAGAUUUUCUUAGUGUUAUGGAUUAUCAAAUCCCUUUUGUAUUAGCUUCACACAUCCCUACUUGCCUAGGAUGAUGCUACUGUAGCAAUAUGAAUGACAAAUUUAGAUGCAAA